UUGGGAUCGGUCUACUGAGAGGUUUCUCCUGUGGAAGGAGGCUCACACCGUAACCUGCAGCCUCAACUACCGAGGUUCAUCGAACAGCAUGGGGCAAUUUUGAUGUGGGGCCGGUCAUUGGAGCUGUAUAAACUGAGGUACACCACCUUUAUAGGUGAUGGCGACAGUUCCUCAUACAAGUCGAUUCUAGCAGCUAAGCCCUACGGUGACGAUGUCACCAUCACCAAGAGUGACUGCAUCGGACACGUGCAGAAGAGAAUGGGGACGCAGCUGAGGAGGUUAUGGGUAGAACACAAGGAUGUCAAGAUUCCAACUCCAUCUGGGGAGUCAGUGAGGAAGGGGUUGAAGGGCGCGAAUCAGUUGACUGCAGACCUCGUCAACAGGCUGCAGAUUUACUAUGGCAUAGUCAUUCGGAGCCACAUUGGUGACAAACCUGGGAUGAUUACUGCCAUCACAGCCAUAUACUGUCACCAUGCCAACGACCACUCCUACUGUCCGCCUGGUGAGAGCUCGUGGUGCAAGUAUAACCGUGGCGAUCCCAGCUAUGCCCCAAAGGAGAUACAGCCAGAAGUGUUAGAGCUUAUGGAGCCAGUUUUUGAGAGGCUGAGUGAUGAAGACCUACUCGAGAGGUUGCAACGCGGAGACACACAAAACUCAAAUGAAGCUCUUCAUUCCCUCAUUUGGAGGCGUUGCCCAAAGGGGGUAUUUGCCUCUCAUGAAAUUAUCCGGUUCAGCACAUCUUUGGCCGUUAUCCAACGAAAUGUUGGCAGUAUUGGAUUAGCUCAUGUGCUGCACUCUUUAGGAAUUUUAGACACUGCAGUUUCUGAACGCCUUCUUGAGAAACUGGAUGUCAAGAAGGAGAACCAGUUGCUCAGAACGCGAAGUGUGGAGUACAAGAGGAGACGACAGGUGCGGAGAGGGAUGAAGAAACGUAGGGAGGAUGCGUUGUGGCAGAAAGAGACCAGUAGUUACGAGGCAGGCGGUUUUGGGAUGAUUGAGGAGGAGGAGGAGAGUGGAUCAAGCAAGGGUGCUCGAAAGAGGAGGAAGAAAGUGAGUCAUCAGGAGGGUCAGCCAACAAGUAAACGUCCUCAUCGUGCUGCAGCAUCUGUCAGCACUCCACCAUCUGAGACUUGUCCACCACCAGCAUCUCCGAGGCGUCCACGAGACAGUGACGAUUCAGACUGGUCUCCAUCAGGACAGUAGCUUAUCAUCUGUGGUCAUUCCCUAUUCCAUGUAUCUUGUCCUAUGUGGUCAUUCCGUAUUCUGUGUAUCUUGUAUAAUGUAGAAAAUUUGAUAUAUGUGUACAAAUGAUGUAAGUAGAGACUAUCCU